CCUUUUUUGGCCUUGAAGAACGUGAACAAAAACCAACCACUUGACUUCAGAGUGUAAGGUUUUUUAAGCAAGGAUGUCUGCAAGGUCCUACGAUGUUGUUAUUGUGGGUGCUGGGUUGUCAGGCCUGAGCGCUGCCCGUCACCUUCUGAAAAAGAACUCCAGUCUGAGGGUCCUGCUCUUGGAGGGCAAAGAUCGAGUUGGCGGACGGACGAUGAGUUCCAAACUACCGGCUGCCCAGGGAAAGGAUGUGUGGGACCUUGGAGGACAAUGGGUGGGCAGCUCACAGAUGUAUGUUAUGGACCUGAUUCGGGAACUGGGCCUGGAGACAUAUCCACAGUACACUGCAGGGAAAAAGGUGUACCACAUGGGAGGUCCACGAGCCAAGGUUCGCACCUACACCAACAGUCUUCCCUCGAUGUCUCUGCUCACCCUGCUGGAUCUUAAACACUUCCAGUGGCAGAUUGACAGGAUGUCUCAGUCUCUAUCAAUGGAAGACCCGACUUCUGCUCCCAGGGCCCUAGAGUACGACAGCAUGACUCUGAGCUCCUACAUGGACAAGAAAAUCUGGACUCAAUCUCUGAGGAUGGACAUUGAGUUGUGUACCCGCUCUCUCUUUGGUAUGGAGCCAUCCCAGAUCUCCUUCCUCUACUUCCUCAUGUACUGCAGGGCUGCUGGUGGGAUUUUGCACCUACUGGAGACCACGCCUGGUUCAGCCCAGGAGUCCCGCAUUAAGGGGGGCACUCAGCAGCUGUCUGAGAAGCUGGCAGACCAGAUCGGGAGGGAGAACAUUCACCUGAACUCUGCAGUCUUAGAGAUACAGCAAGGCCCUGAAGGCGCAGUGGUCAGGACGAGACUGGACACCUUUUCCUGCAGAGCUGUUAUUGUCACCUGUCCCCCUCACCUGGCAGCCCAGAUUCAGUAUGUUCCUGCACUGCCGCCGGCAAGGCAGAGGCUCACACAGAGCAUGCCCGUGGGUCACAUGAUCAAGUUCAUUGUCACCUACCGCACGGCUUUCUGGCGAACAAAUGGCUUCUCUGGUGAGAUUGUGGUUCAGCCCUCCAGUGAUUGCCCUUUUUGCAUCACCUUUGAUGCCACCAGCCCCAGGGGGAACCCUGGCUUGGUGGGCUUCAUCUCAGGCGCACAGGCAAAUGACUGGAGCUACAAAACGGUGGAGGACAGGAGAGAUGCCGUCAUACAGAGUCUAGUGAAGUAUCUGGGCCCGGAGGCCUCAGAUUUCAUUCACUACGCAGAGAAGGACUGGGCCAAAGAAGAAUACAAUGGAGGGUGUCCUGUCAAUGUCAUGGUGCCUGGGAUGUUGACAUAUUAUCACCCCAGUCUUCGCAGGCCUUGUGGAAGGAUCCACUGGGCCGGCACCGAGACGGCCACUCACUGGUGCGGAUACAUGAGUGGUGCCAUCCAGUCAGGUCUGCGAGCUGCCCUGGAGGUCCUGGAACGACUUUCCCCCAAGGUCCUCUCCCAGGAGGAGCUCCAGGAGGCCCAGGCUUCCACCACCCACACCCUACCCCACAGGAGCUGGGAUUUAGCCCCCCAAAAAACCUACCUCCCUGUUUGUUUAACAGUAACCACGGUUACACUGGGAGUUGCUCUCCUAUUGGCCAAUCCCUGUUUGUACAAUGAAAUGAUUGAGCAGGGCUCUGCCUUCCUGCAGAAGUUUGGCUUUUGGUGCUAAGUUUAUAAAAAGCAUCAGAAAGCAAUAUGAAUAAAAGCUAAGCUUUCAUAUGGCACUUUUAUGGUGUGGGAGGUGUAUAAUUAUGCUUUAAAACUGGCCAUUAUUUUACUUAUUUAUUGACUAGAGUGCCAAAUCGUUUAUCCAUUUUGUAUACAGAGGCUGUAACCCCGGGCAGCAAGUGGUAUAGUAGUUAAAGCUGUUGUUUUGUAAUUGA